AUGCAGAGCAUUUGUAUUUAAUAAGGAAUAAUGAAAAUUGAUUGCUGGACAAAGCAGUGGAAAUAUUAAGGUUUUAGAAUUUAAUUAAGGAAAUUUGAAAGAGACUAAAUAACUUAAAGAGCAUUAGAAUUAAGUUAAUUCUUUAUUUUAUAUGUUAAAGAGUUAAUAAUUUAUUUCUUGUAGUGAUGAUUUGAUUAGAAUUCGGAAUAUGGAUAAUAAGAAAAAAUGGGAGUUUUAUAAUAUUAGAAGGUCAUACUGAUAGAAUUAAUUGGUAAAUUACAAAUAACUAAGAAGAUUGUGUCAUGUCUGGUAGUACAGAUAAGUGUAUAACAUUUUGGAUUAAAGAGAAUUAAUAAUGGAAGUGCAAUUAGACAUUAUCAGAUAAUAAAAGUAAGAUCAAAUAGUUAUCAUUGAAUUUUUCAUACAAUUAAUAAUUAUCAUGUGGAACUGAUAAAUUAAUAUUGCUCAUCUAAAAAAUAAUAAUAAUAAUAUUAAUGGAAUACAAUCUAAAAAAUAUCAGUUGA